AUGAAAGAAAGACAGUAUUUCUUGAAUGAUCUUCCUCAAGAGAUGAUGGUUGAAAUUUGUGAGUUUUUGUCGUUGCGAGUCUUGCUAAGCGAUACGUGGAUGAUAUUGCUGAGACAUGCUUUUAUGAAUCUUGAAAAUAAUGAUAACCAUUCCUCUUCAUCGGAUUUCAUAGAAUUACAUUUAAGAAAUAUUGUGAUCAAACAUUUUGCAGCUUGUUCUUUGGAGAAGCCUGUCUCACUGAUUACUAUUUUGUUGACAAUAUUUCGCUCUACAUCUCAAGAUCUUGGUCAUUUGGGACUUCAGAUUCCAACACCCACCUCAAGUCUUAUUUACAGAAAAAUGGGUGAGGAUGUGUGUCAAUUUUUGCAAUUUCCAACAGAUACAUUUAUUGGAAUCGAAUCUUUAUAUGAAUCUGAAACACAAGUCUUACCUGCUAUUGCUAAAUUACCUUGUUUAAGGUUACAGAAAAUAUUUAAAUUUAUUACACAGAACAAUUAUAUUUAUUUACUUAACUCAGCGCAACCAUACAAGCUGCAAACAUCUGUAAAGAAUCAACUAUCAAAAGUGUAUUUACCUUUCGAAGUGGACUGGUGUUUCUACAAUGAUUCCACAUUAUCUGAAACAAGUUUAUUUAGAAUUUUGAAUUUAAACACAAAUCGCUAUGCAACUCCAAAACGAAUACGAGGACAACUUUCAAUGAAUAAUCACAAUUUAACGAUUAAACACCUUCACAAAAAGGAUGUUGAAAGCACAACACAGAGUGUCAAUCUCCCAUCCAUAGCCUUUUACCAAUUUAUGGGUCUCAUUCAAACAUCAGUAGGAUGUUCUUCUUUAUCAAUGAACGAAUCACUGUUGCAACACUACUGGUUUCCAUGCCAUCACCCAAACUCCACAAUUAUUUGUGAUUUAGAAAGAAAGUCUUACCUGAUGUCCAAUGUUAUGGAGCUCACAGAAGAUACACCCUCCCAUAAGUGGUUUUCUUUCAGUUCUACAACCUUACUCAAACCAUUUGCAAAAUUAUUUUCAGUUGUGAACAGUUAUUUCGGAUUCGUUCAUGUGCUAGAUCAUAUGAGUUCCAUUGAUAACAUUAUUUGUUCCUGCACUCCGUUCACAAACAAAAUUACUGCAAGAAUUUUUCCAUCGACCUUCAUUUUCCCUUCUAUUAAUUUAAUUUUAAUUUCUGCUCUAUGUUACUUGUUGUAUUCCUGGAAUUUAUUGUUGAACUGGUCCUUUAGCAGAGAUUUCUAUCAACGAAAUAAUUUUUCCAUCCUUUCCAUAAUUCUCUUUUCUGUAUUGGAUUUAUUUUCUACUUAUGGAUAUCCUUUCAAGAGUAUUAUAGCUUGGUAUUGGGGUUAUUUUGGUGAGCAACACAUCACCUUUGUUGAAACCUAUUGUAAUUUUUAUAUCAUUUCACACCUCGUCAAGACCUUUGUAAAUUUACUUUUUCGACAUUACCGUCAAAAAGAUUACGUCUUUACCCUAUCAAAGGCACCUAAUUCUAGAGGAGCUUUUUCACCUCGAAAUUCAAACAAUCUUCAACACUGA